AUAAAAGCAGGACUACUCUGUUAGAUUUUCCCAACUUAUUCCGACCUUUAUCCUCCAACGCAUAGUCUAAUCUCAGGGAUGAUGGGGAGGUCACCUUGUUGCGACGUCUCUGGUUUGAAGAAGGGUCCAUGGACGCCCGAGGAAGAUGAGAAGCUCAUGGAUUAUAUUCAGAAACAUGGCCAUGGAAGCUGGAGAGCACUCCCUAAGCUUGCAGGAUUGAAUAGAUGUGGAAAGAGUUGCAGGUUAAGAUGGACUAAUUAUCUCAGGCCAGAUAUCAAGAGGGGAAAAUUCUCUGAGGAUGAGGAGAGAACUAUAAUCCAACUUCACUCCGUUCUUGGAAACAAGUGGUCAGCAAUCUCUACCCAUCUCCCAGGAAGAACUGAUAAUGAGAUCAAGAACUUCUGGAAUACCCAUCUAAGGAAAAAACUCCUCCAAAUGGGUAUUGAUCCCAUAACCCAUAGACCUAGAACUGAUCUAACUUUCCUCUCAGACCUCCCUCAUUUGCUAGCCGCUGCAAAUCUCCUCAAUCAAAUGAAUCCUUUGGAUAGUUCUCUCGGGCUACAGGUAGAUGCUGCAGAUCAGUUAGCCAAAAUCAAAGUGUUGAAUCUACUUCAACUUAUUAGUAGUAGUAGUAGUGAAACUCCAAAUAUGGAAGCAGUUAAUCUCUUGGGUUUGAAUCGCCUCCGGGACUACGCCCUCAAUGAAUUUGUCCAAUCGAACACCCAAUUCCAAAGACUUCUUAACAACCCUCAUGGCCUUGCCGCUAACCCUACUCAAAUGCAAUCUAGUUUUCUAGAUUUUGGAAUCCCACAAUCAACCAGCUUUAACAGUUCAUAUGCCACUCCUACUACUGCAAAUCCUUGUCCUGCAUCAGUUUCAGCCUCUCCAGAGUCUACCAUUGUCAACCAAAUGGACAGCAAGAUCAUUCAUCCCAAUGAAAUCUCAGCUCCCUCAUCCUCCUCAACCACCUUUGAUGCUUUGGGAGAUUUCAAUCUAGACGAUGAAACCAGUGACUUUUACUGGAGAGAAUUAAUCAACCAAUCAUCUAGCCUAUCUUGGCCAAUCACAUCGUAGCGCAAGGUUUUCAGAUUAUAUAUGUCAAGGAAGAUUUCUGAACAGUUGCUCGUCACCUUCCAAAUGUUUGAUUCAUAGUUUUCUUUACGAAAGGAGAUUUAUGUUAUGUUUAUUAGAAACAAUUCAUAGGCUUUUGUUGUACACAAAAGAAGAAGAAAAAAAAAAAGAUAGUAUCAGUUGUAUUAUUUAUUUGGUUUUUUUUUUCCCCCCCAUUGAUUGCUUCAUUUGUAUUAUU